AUGUCAACAUUAGAUGAGUUGAAGAUUCGCAUCGUUGCGGUGAUUGGUUCAGAGAAAAAUGGAUGCACUGCAAAUGAUUUAUGUCGAAUAUACAAAGAUAUGUAUGGCAAAGAUUUGAAUUCAAAAGAUUAUGGCUUCAAUGAUUUGGAAACACUUCUUGUUUCAUCGGCUAUGCAAGGAGAAGGUGGAAUUAUGUAUCAAAAUGGGCGAUAUUUCGCCACCGGUGAUAAAAAUACUAGUAAAAUGCUGCGUCUUAUUCGCAAUACAAAACCUCGAAAUGCCAAAUUACGACGAAGAUCAGUACCUACGAAAUAUGCAAGAGAAACAUUCCCGUCGAUUUCAAACGCACCAACUUUUCCUGACUUUACUAAAGCUGAAAAACUUCCUAAAGGAUCUCAGGUGACUGCGAAACAAGUUAUGGCUACAAAACAAAUAGUAACGAAACCUCAAGCAACUUCGAGCACUGCUCCCAAAAGUGUGCAACAAGCAAGUUCUUUCUUUACAAGACAUAUGGGAUUAUCCCAUGAUUUUGCAAACCAACAGUCAGAACUUAUUGUACCUUCGAUCAAUUAUCGUUCCAUCUCCGCUCAACGAGGUUGCAGUUAUGACAGUCAUUCCGACGCGUCAAGUUCAGGAAUCCAAUUGCAACCGCAUAAUCUUCGAAAAAAUCGAGUUGGAAAAUCUCAAAAGGGUAAAAGGCGACUAAUAAGAUUGAUUGAGAGACAUGGCGGUGAAAUGAGUUUUUCUGAAAUGGAAAAUUCAUACUUACAAGAGUUUGGUGUUCCUCUUAACAGUACUGAGAUUUGUCGUUUACUUAAUGCAGAAGAAAGGGAAAUUCAAGAUCUAUAUGGGUUUCUAAAAAAUAGUUUAUACAGACGUGUUAUGGUGACAAAACUUGAAGCGGACGAUCUUUUGCUAACAGUUAUUGACGACGAGGACGAUAUUGAUGAAAUCGAAAAUGACAUUUUUAUCGAUAGUAUGAUUCACAAAUCACCGCUAUCUGAGUCAGAUAUGGUGCAAAAGGAUAUUUCUCAUGAUUCAUUCAGUUCUAAUCAACGCCAAUAUGAAUUUCAAAAUCAUCCUAUUGAUCCCAUUACUUCUUCGUUAGCGAAAACUGGAACAACCACUAAUAGCUACCAUCACAAUUCACAAUUUCCCCUCCCAACUACGGACGAUAAAUACGAAUAUUGGAAAGGGCCAACAUUGGUUUCGACAAUAAGGUCGAGAGAUGAUUAUUUGCCAUAUAAGGUUUUGGGUGAUAAAGUGCUCUCUUUCGUGCGAGCAAAAGGUUCUUUCAAGGUCUCCGAUUUAUCGGAGAUUUUUUAUGAAGAGGAUGGCCGAUACAUUGAUCCCAAAAAAUAUCCGGAGGGUACAUGGGAGAACAUUAUACGGAAAUUACUUUUGGAUGGUAGGCAUCCAGAACUCACAGUUCGAGACGGUAUACUUGAUAUCCAGAAAGACUUUCAAAAAUCAACUUUUCCGUUUGCUCAUCUACCAAAUUAUUGGACAAGUAGUACUCAAAAUGAAAAUGAACGGCCGAUGUCUUUGAGUUCCGAUAAUGGCAAUGUACCAGCAGCUAUAAUCUAUGACAUAUUAAGAGAGGCAGGAAAACCUCUAUCUCAAAAGGAAUUGCUCGAAAAACUAAGUGCAAAAGGCAUCAAAGUGAAUGCAUGUCAGCUUACAGUUAAGCUGAUAACGAAGUUCAAGGAUGUCUUUUGUUGCAAAUUUUAUUUGGCAGGAGCUUUGAUAUCUUUGGCACAUGGUGCCAAAAGACCUGAGGAACCAAACGUAUCGCCUUAUUUACCGUCAUUUCUUGAAUCAGUUAAAAUAGUUACUCAUGUUAUGUCGGAUUAUUGUUCGACUACCGAAUCUGCCGGGAGUAUUUUCAAACCAGUUAUAUUGAUAAAUAUUGUAUUAAUUGAUGAACCACCGGACAGGUUUCGAAUUCAGGCAUUCUUUAGACUUCGUUCUAUUGAACUUGCAUAUAAUUCAUUUGAGAAGAAGAUGCGCCAUCACUACUUGUCUUAUGGUCAUGAAAAGGAUUAUGCGGUAGAAAAACCUAUAAAAGAUUGUAAUUACGCUUUCCACGAUACCAAAGAUAAUCAAGUUUAUCGAGUUCAGAUCAUAGGUGAUGGUGAUCAUGCUGGCGUUACGUCAAUUUAUUUGAUUGAUGAGAUGCGUUAUCAAAAUGUACCAGUUAGUCAACUGAGAAAGUUAAUCAAAGAUUAUGCAGAACCAGCAUAUGGUGUGAUAGCGAAGACUGCAGCAUUUAUGAUUGUACCGGGAAGAGAAAGUGAAUUUCGUGGAUAUUUCUCUCUGGUUCGUUCAAAGCUUCUUGAAAAUAUUACGCAGGAUAUUCAGGCCGAUGUGAUUUCUGAACCAUCAAAAAAUCUAUUCGAGUUGAAGCAGUUGUAUAGCGAUCUAUACGACAAUUUAAAUGUACCAGCAACAUUUGUGCGUCAGGGUUUGAUCCAAAUGAUUUCUUCAAAAGCAUAA